AUGAGGCGGGCACACAAUGCACGGUCUAACACCCAGGCCACGACAUCUAAGAUGUCCAAGAUGACCGUGGUCACGGGGCCCCACAAGGAAUACAAGAAAUGGACCAAGUCUCGCGUACCAGGGGACCCAGCGGGCGGGCCCUCUGUGCGCAACCUGAAGGAGAUGAGUCGCGUGGCCGCGCGGGACUGCAACCGCACGCGCGUGCGGGCGCCCGGAGACAGCACCACCACCGGCGACGAGGUGCGCUUCCAACGCGUCUCCGUCAGCGGGAUACACGUCACCGGGGUGCCUCUAGAGGACCUGAUCCGUUCGGCCCAGCUGCUGCUGCAAGCCCUGGGCUUCCGACAGCGCUACAUGAUCAACUCCAAUCAGAACUUCUCCCCGAUGCUACACACGUACCUCAAUAGCCAGAAGGAUCGUGAAAGGUUCUCCAACAUCAAGUUAGAUGACGCAGACUACAGCGAAAUAGACGCUAUUAACAAGGAUAGUGUAAUUGCUGACCGAUACAUGCAGCUGACUACAUGCUCCUCGGAUGAGCUGGUGAGGCCGAACACCAAGCUCUCUGAAAUGACUCCACAACGCUCAGAAAACAGAAUGAUGGCUACCGGCUUGCCGGCGAAGUCCACGGAUGCGUUGCGGGGAGUCACCGAGAGCUACGAGGAACUGCCGACUAUAGCCAAAUUGAUGGAGCUGGAUCCCUGGGCCUGUCCCAACCCUCCCGACCAGCAUUACAUCUACCAAUGGGAGGAUGGCGUGAUGGCGCUCUACCGCAACCAGGAAGACCUGGAUGCUAUGAGGCCGUUACCCUUCGCAGCUAUACCCUUCAAGCAGUACGCUGAAGACCUGGCCCAGAUGCAGCUCAUGAUCUGCGAUGGACCACUUAAGUCGUUCUGCUACCGUCGUCUGUCGUACCUGUCGUCCAAGUUCAACAUGCACGUGCUGCUCAAUGAGCUGCACGAGCUGGCGUUGCAGAAGGCUGUGCCUCAUCGAGACUUCUACAAUGUCAAGAAAGUAGACACCCACAUUCACGCGGCGUCGUGCAUGAACCAGAAGCAUCUGCUCCGCUUCAUCAAGCGCAUCCUGAGGUCUCAGGCAGACGUCGUGGUGAACAUUCGUGAGGGCAUACCCAUGACUCUCAGAACUGUCUUCGAAGAGAUGCAGCUGGAUGCCUACGAUCUGAACGUGGACAUUUUGGAUGUGCAUGCGGAUCGCAAUACAUUCCUCCGUUUCGACAAGUUUAACUCGAAGUACAACCCGGUGGGGGAGAGUUCUCUCAGAGAGGUGUUCCUCAAGACUGACAAUUAUAUGAACGGGAAAUACUUCGCAAUGAUCAUUAAGGAGGUAAUGCAAGAACUUCAGGAGAGCAGGUACACGUUCGCGGAGCCUCGCAUCUCCAUCUACUGCAAGCGAGCGAGCGAGUGGAACAAGCUCGCCUCGUGGGCGCUGAAGAAUGAUGUCCACUCCCCGCAUGUCAGGUGGCUCGUGCAAGUGCCGAGGCUUUAUGAUAUAUACCAUUACAAGAAGCUCAUAAAGAACUUCCAGGAGUUCCUGACGAAUCUGUUCGAGCCGCUGUUUCGCGUCUCCGUGAACCCCAGCUCCAACCCCGACCUGCACAAGUUUCUCACGCACGUGAUCGGCUUCGACAGCGUAGACGACGAGUCGAAGCCCGAGAUCUCAAAUAUAGUGGAGAACAUGAAGACUCCUGAGAUGUGGGACGACGAAGAGAACCCGCCCUACGCAUAUUAUCUGUACUACAUGUACGCCAACAUGAGCGUGCUUAACCAGUUGAGGAAGGAACAAGGACUAAACACGUUUGUCCUCCGACCCCAUUGCGGAGAAGCGGGACCCCCGGUCCAUUUGUCCGCGGCGUUCCUGCUCUCUGAAAAUAUAUCUCACGGCCUCAUGUUAAGGAAGGUACCAGUCCUUCAGUACAUGUACUACUUAGCGCAGGUGUUCAUAGCGAUGUCUCCUCUGAGCAACAACUCGUUGUUCCUGAGGUACCAUCGCAACCCGCUGCCGGAGUACUUCGCGCGAGGACUCAGGGUCACGCUCAGUACCGACGACCCACUGCAGUUCCAUUACACUAAGGAGGCGCUGAUGGAAGAGUACAGCAUCGCGGCGCAGGCGUGGAAGCUCAGCGCGUGUGACAUGUGCGAGCUGGCCAGGAACUCCGUCAUCAUGUCUGGCUUUCCGCAUGAGCUGAAGCAGCACUGGCUGGGCCCGGAGUACCUGCGCGAGGGCCCGGACGGGAACGACAUCACGCACACCAACGUGCCCGACGUGCGGAUAUCAUUCCGACACGAGACCUGGAUGGAUGAGCUCGAGAACUUGUUCCGGGCACCAAAGUUUUAAGAAAAACACAACAAAACUGUACAGUAAAUAUUUAUUAUUAUAUUAAUAGUCAAUAGCAGACGCGGUACUUGAUUAUAACCAUAACAAUACAAUAAUCACUGUACAUACACAACUUAAAACAUAGUCAAAUUGUGAAACGUAACUUAAUAAAUACCUACAAACAUU